AUGGAACAAGAAAAUAAUAAUAACAAAGACAUAAAAACAAUUGAUAGUAUCAAUAUCAAUAAUGAUAAUAAUAAUAAUAAUAAUAAUAAUAAUAAUAAUAAUAAUAAUAAUAAUAAUAAUAAUAAUAAUAAUAAUUUUGGUAGAAGGAACAGAAAUAAUAGACCAAAUGGUCAAAACCGUAGAGACUAUGACGAUAGAAGAAAGAUUAUAUCUGAAAAACCAGAAAAUCAACCAAGAAGUAAUAAUUAUCAUGGUAAAGGUAGAAGAUACAAUGAUAGAAAUAAUUUAAAUGUAGCUUCGUUGAAUCAAAAUGAAUCCGUGGCAACUUCCAAUACAACAACAACAACACCAACAACAACAACACCAACAACAACACCAACAAACAUAAAUUCGAGUAUAGAGAAAAUUGAAAAAACUACAUUAUCAAUAAAAGGAUGGGGAGAUAGAUUACCAAAAAUUGGAAAAACAAUAACUUUUUUAAAUUUUGAAAAUUUAAGUAUUCCAAUUCCACAAGGUUAUAUACCAAAUACAGUUACAAAAAUUAAAUUUGGUAGAAUGUAUAAUUGUGAAUUAUCGGUUGGUUCAAUUCCAAAUAGUGUUACCGAUAUACAUUGGGGCAAAGGUGCAAUUCCAUUAGGAGGUGUGAUACCAAAUUCAGUUAUAAAUCUAUCAUUUAGUGAUCAAUUCUAUCAAGAUAUAAUACCAGGUAGUAUUCCAAACUCUGUUAAAUCAAUUACCUUUGAAAAUAGAAUUGGUAUUACUAAAUUUGAAAGAGCCUAUCAUGGAAACCAAGUUAAUAAUGAAAUCUCACCAAAUGUUACACCAGUUUUACAAAUUGGAUCAAUUCCAUCAUCAGUAACAAGUAUUGAAUUUGGUAGUUAUAAUUUUAUUCCAAGUCCAGGUUUACUUCCAGAUAGUAUUAAAUUAUUGAAAUUUGGUAAAGAUUAUACCCAAAAACUUUCAAUUGGAUCAAUACCAAACUCUGUAACAGAUUUAGAACUUUCAAAUAACAAAUUCACAUCAGAAAUGAUACCACCAUCAGUAAUAAAUCUUUCAUUUUAUGAAUGUUUUGGUGAUUAUGUUAAUGUUGGCUCAAUUCCAAAUACAGUUAAAUCAAUUUCAUUUGGUGCAAAUUAUAAUAAACCAAUCAUUCAAGGAAUGAUUCCACAAUCAGUUGAAACAAUAAUAUUUGGUAGAAAUUUCAAUAAUACAAUUUCACAAGAUUCAUUACCAAAAAAUCUUAAAACAUUAAUAUUUGGUAAUAGUCAUAAUCAAGUUUUUCAACCCAAUGUAUUACCACCAUCAUUAACAACUUUAGAAUUUGGUGAAAGUCAAAGAUUUAAAAUUGAUGAAAAAUCAUUACCAUCAUUAAAAAACUUUAAAUAUAAUAAUAAAAUAUAUGCUCAAGAAAUUCCAAAUCCGCCACCACUCCCAGAAGGUUCAGGUUAUUUUUAUUUGCAAUUUAAACAUUAUAAUGAUAGAGGUUAUAAAGAUUAA